CUUUGAUUCCAACCUCAUCCAAUAGGGCAAAAACCGGACAAUCAUUCCACUCACUCAAGACACUCCACGUGCUCCCGCAUGCAUGCCGUGUAACGACUCCUCCCGCAACACCGACCCCGCAUCCCUGCCGCCCCUCAUCCGAUUGUUGAUCACCAUCCGACAUCACCAACUGACAAUACAAUAAUAAAUAACAUACUACGAUAACACUGUACGACAAACACCAUACAAGUCACGAUAUUCAAUUACACGACCAACCCCUAGUUGCCGCCGCCGCCGCCGCUACCGUGACGCUACUACCUACGCGGCAGCCAUGGCCGCCGUCGCCCUGCUCGGCACCUGCGACACCAAGCUCCACGAGCUCCUCUUCCUCCGCGCCGCCAUCCUCUCGUCCAACCCGUCCCUCUCCGUCAUCCUCAUCGACGUCGGCCGCCACCCCGCGUCGCACCCAGACAUAACCGUCCCGCAAGCCGAGGUCCUCGCCCAGCAGCCCUCAACCGCCGACGAUGAUGAUGAGCAUCGUCACGAGGCUCAAGACAACAACAACGAUGAUGACGACAUCUCCGCCCUCACGCGCGGCCAGUUCAUCGCCCACAUCGCUCGCCGCGCCGCCUCCCUCCUCGAGCGCCUGCACGCCCAGCGGCGCAUCCACGGCGCCGUGUCCGCGGGCGGCUCGGGCGGUACCUCGCUCGCCGCGUCGGCCAUGCGCGCCGCCCUCCCCAUAGGCUUCCCCAAGCUCAUCGUCUCGACCAUGGCCAGCGGCGACGUCCGCCCCGUCAUCGGCGAGACGGACAUGGCCGUCAUGUACUCGGUCGUCGACGUCGCCGGGCUCAACGACGUGCUGCGCGACGUGCUCUCCAACGCCGGGGCAGCCAUAGCCGGCGCGGCUCUCUCGUACGCCAGCCGGCACGCCACCGAGCGAGAAGACGAUGAGUCGCCAAAGGGAGAGAAGCAGGAGGAGAAGAAGAAGAAACACCGCGUCGGCAUCACCAUGUUCGGCGUCACCACCCCCGCCGUCGACGCCAUCCGCGCGCACCUCGAGGCCGCGUACCCCAUCCAGACGUACGUCUUCCACGCCACCGGCACAGGCGGCCUCUCCCUCGAGCGCCUCGUCCGCGCCCACGCCCUCGACGCCGUCCUCGACCUCACCACCACCGAGGUCGCCGACCACAUCGCCGGCGGCGUCCUCUCCGCCGGCCCGGAACGCCUCGCCGCGGCCCCCGCCCGCGGCAUCCCCUACGUAGUGUCGCUGGGCGCCCUCGACAUGGUCAACUUCGGCCCCCGGAACAGCGUGCCGGAGCGCUACGCCGCCGCCGGCAGGACCCUGCACGAGCACAACCCCAUCGUCACGCUGAUGCGCACCUCGCCCGACGAGUGCCGCCGCAUCGGCGACUUCAUCAGCGCCAAGCUCAGGGACGGCGCGGCGAGGCCCGACAUGGUGCAGGUCUGGAUCCCCAGGGGCGGCGUGAGCGCCAUCUCGGUGGAGGGCGGGCCCUUUGCGGACGCCGAGGCGGACGCGGCGCUGUUUGACGCGGUGAGAAAGGGGCUGGAGGGCUCGGGCAUCGAGGUCGUGGAGGAUGAGCGGGCCAUCAACGAUGAGGGAUUCGCUAGGGACAUUGCCGAGGCGCUGGUCAGGAAAAUGGGGCUACCGCCUCGUGCCGGCGAGUAAGGAGGCGGCGCUGUGAAUAGACUCGCGAGCUUUGUUGUUCUCGCGCCGUGACAUUUUG